AAAAUACAGUCUACCUUUCUUGGAAACUACCAAGAGGAGGAUUUGAUAUGUUUCAGCUUUCAUAUUGUCCAAUGAAUAAUGAAAAGCUGAUUAUCAGAACUAUUUAUGACAGCAGAGCUGUAGUGCAAAAUCUGGCUCCUGGGACAGAAUACAUUUUUCAUUUAAGGACAGUUAAAGGCUUGGAUUCCUCUGUGGCUGUGGAGAAAAAAGUCAUCACAAAACCUGCUGGGAUAUGUGGUCUGACAUUAAAAAUGGUAAAUAGUUCAUCUGCAACUGUAAUGUGGAAUCCAACCAAGACAAACUUCACUUCUUAUAAAGCAUCUUUAUCAAACAACACCUUUAUAAAAACGUUAAGGAUUCCAGGAACACUGACUGACUUCACUGUUAUGGACUUGACUGCUGGUGGCAUUUACAACUUCACACUGCAAAGAGUGAAAGGAAAUACUGAAGGAGCUUCUUCUUUCAUUGAAUUUGUAACAGAACCUGCAAAACCAGAAGGACUUAGAUUCUUCAAUGUUUCAUCAUAUUUUUUUUCACUGUAUUGGAGACUACCAUAUGGACUUGUAGACAGAUUUCAUGUGGAUCUUAUUCCUGAUCAUGCUUCUGUUGUUAUCCUAGAUCUUGGAGUUAGGAAGUAUCAAGCUGAUUUUUCUAAUACUAUUCCUGGAACAACAUACAAUGUUACAGUUUCUGCAGUUUCUUCUUCACUUUAUAGUUCACCUGCAAGUAGAACAGUGACAACAAAUGUGACAAAUCCUGGACCCCCUGUGUACCUUGCAGGUGAAAGAGUGGGCUCUGCUGGGAUUCUGCUGUCAUGGAAUACACCACUGCAUCCAAAUGGCAGAAUUCUCUCCUAUAUUGUUAAAUAUAAAGAAGUCUGCCCAUGGAGGCAAACAGCUUAUACACAGGUCACAACAAAGCCAGAUAGUUUGGAAGUUCUUCUCACCAAUCUUAAUCCUGGAACAACUUAUGAAAUUAUGGUUGCUGCUGAGAACAGUGCUGGUAUUGGAGUAUUUAGUGAUCUUUUCCUUUUUCAGACUGCAGAAAGUGCUCCAGGUAAAGUAGUGAAUCUUACAGUUGAAGCCUUAAAUUCUUCAGCUGUAAAUCUGAUCUGGUUUCUACCUCGGCAACCAAAUGGAAAGAUAACUAGUUUCAAGAUUAGUGUGAAACACGCAAGAAGUGGAAUUGUAGUGAAAGAUGUCUUGGUUAAAGUAGAGGACCUUCUAUCUGGGAGGUUGCCAGAAUGUAAUGAUAAGAGUGAAUCAUUUCUGUGGAGUACUACCACUCCUUCAACUACUUUUGGGAAAUCCACAAUUCCUUCACAGACUACAGUUACACCAAAUACAGAGGCACCAAGUCAGAUGAGCUCUGUUUGGAAUGAACCGAUUAGCUUUGUUAUAACUAACCUCAGGCCAUAUACCACCUAUCUUUUUGAAGUUUCUGCAGUUACCACUGAAGCAGGCUACAUCGACAGCGCAAUUGUCCGGACACCAGAAUCAGUUCCAGAAGACCCACCACAAAAUUUUGCCAAGAGCAACGUUACAGCAAAGUCUUUCUCAGUAAUGUGGGAACCCCCAGCCAUUGUAACAGGAAAGUUUAGUUACAGAGUUGAGCUGUAUGGACCAUCUGGUCAUAUUCUGGAUAACAGCACAAAAGACCAUAAGUUUGUAUUUAGUAACCUUGUGCCGUUUACAACAUACGAUGUGUACGUCGGUGCUGAAACAAGUGCUGGGGUGGGGCCAAAGACUAACCUUACAGUUUUCACUCCUCCAGAUGUCCCAGGUGCUGUAUCAGAUUUACACUUAGCAGAAGUGGAAGCCACAUAUAUAAAAAUCGUUUGGAGGAAGCCACGACAACCAAAUGGAAUCAUUACCCAGUACAGAGUUAAAGUACAUGUGCAGAAAACACUCAUGACUCUGGAAAACAUUAUUCUUGGAGAUAAAAAUACGUAUUUGAUUGAUUCUUUGGAGCCAUACACAAUAAAUGAGAACAUAAACCCUUCUUCUCCCACUUGGAAUUCAUUGGAAACAGCCAAUGAUUUAUAUGAAGGUUCAGCUGAAAUGUUUUCCAGCAUUCAGACAGCUUCCCCAGUAAUAUUUACAAGUGUAUCUGGUGAUAAUUUGCCUGCUAUAAAUGGAGCUGCAGAAUUACAUUCUGCUUUGGAUAAUCAGUAUACCAUCAACAUUUUGGCUGAAGAGCUGUCAUAUGUUAUAAAGAGCCUCACACCUUUCACAGAUUACACAAUUAGUGUGUCUGCUUUCACUGCUGUUGGAGAAGGACCACCAUCAGUUCUUACGGUCAGGACAUGCGAACAAGUUCCAAGCUCAGUACAAAAUAUAUCUUACAAGAAUAUUAGCUCCUCCUCUGUUUUGCUGUAUUGGGAUCCUCCAGCAAAUCCCAAUGGGAAAAUCAUCCAUUAUACAGUUUAUGCAAUGGAACUGGACACAAAAAGAGCAUUCCACACAACAACUUCAAACAACAGCUUACUUAUGACAGGCUUAAAAAAGUACACAAAUUAUAGAAUGAGAGUGGCAGCCUCUACUGCAAUUGGAGAAAGUGCUUUGUCUGAAAAGAAUGAUGUUUUUGUGAGAACCCCUGAAGAUGAACCAGAUUCCCCACCUCGAAACAUAGAAUUAAUAAAUGUAAGUGCAACAGAAAUAAAUCUGAAAUGGUUACCACCUGAGCAGCCUAAUGGUCUCAUAACUCACUAUGAAGUUCUGUACAGUGAUUCUAAUGAUUUUUCUAUUAAAAAUGCCUCAUCUACAAGUAUAUCACUGAGUGAAAUGAAGCCAUAUACUCUCUACAAUAUUUCUGUAAGGGCAUUCACCAGACUUGGUCAUGGGAAUCAGUCAUCUUUCCCACUUCUGGUCAGAACUUCUGAAACUGUUCCUGAUUCUGCACCAGAAAAUAUAACCUAUAGGAACAUUUCAUCCAUGGAAAUUGAAUUAUCAUUUUUUCCACCGUCCAUUCCCAAUGGAAUUAUACAGGCCUACACAAUAUAUCUCAACAGGACUAAUGGGAUUGAGCAAAAAGUUAUAAACACUACUUUUCUGACAUUACGUAUUACAGAUUUAAAUAAAUAUACAGAAUAUACUGUAGAAGUGUCUGCUAGUACCAGAAUGGGGGAGGGCCUUCGUAGUUCACCUCUGCAUAUACUAACUGAUGAAGACGAUAAUCAGUAUACCAUCAACAUUUUGGCUGAAGAGCUGUCAUAUGUUAUAAAGAGCCUCACACCUUUCACAGAUUACACAAUUAGUGUGUCUGCUUUCACUGCUGUUGGAGAAGGACCACCAUCAGUUCUUACGGUCAGGACAUGCGAACAAGUUCCAAGCUCAGUACAAAAUAUAUCUUACAAGAAUAUUAGCUCCUCCUCUGUUUUGCUGUAUUGGGAUCCUCCAGCAAAUCCCAAUGGGAAAAUCAUCCAUUAUACAGUUUAUGCAAUGGAACUGGACACAAAAAGAGCAUUCCACACAACAACUUCAAACAACAGCUUACUUAUGACAGGCUUAAAAAAGUACACAAAUUAUAGAAUGAGAGUGGCAGCCUCUACUGCAAUUGGAGAAAGUGCUUUGUCUGAAAAGAAUGAUGUUUUUGUGAGAACCCCUGAAGAUGAACCAGAUUCCCCACCUCGAAACAUAGAAUUAAUAAAUGUAAGUGCAACAGAAAUAAAUCUGAAAUGGUUACCACCUGAGCAGCCUAAUGGUCUCAUAACUCACUAUGAAGUUCUGUACAGUGAUUCCAAUGAUUUUUCUAUUAAAAAUGCCUCAUCUACAAGUAUAUCACUGAGUGAAAUGAAGCCAUAUACUCUCUACAAUAUUUCUGUAAGGGCAUUCACCAGACUUGGUCAUGGGAAUCAGUCAUCUUUCCCACUUCUGGUCAGAACUUCUGAAACUGUUCCUGAUUCUGCACCAGAAAAUAUAACCUAUAGGAACAUUUCAUCCAUGGAAAUUGAAUUAUCAUUUUUUCCACCGUCCAUUCCCAAUGGAAUUAUACAGGCCUACACAAUAUAUCUCAACAGGACUAAUGGGAUUGAGCAAAAAGUUAUAAACACUACUUUUCUGACAUUACGUAUUACAGAUUUAAAUAAAUAUACAGAAUAUACUGUAGAAGUGUCUGCUAGUACCAGAAUGGGGGAGGGCCUUCGUAGUUCACCUCUGCAUAUACUAACUGAUGAAGACGCUCCGAGUUCUCCUCCACAAUCCCUCUCUGUAAAACAGUUGUUGGGUGUCACUGUGAAGUUGUCAUGGAAACCUCCAUUGGAGCCAAAUGGAAUUAUCCUCUAUUACACAGUUUAUGUCUGGAAUAAAAUGUCAAAAAGGAGUGUUAAUGUAACAGAAACAUCAUUGGAGUUCACAGACCUAGAAUAUAACUAUGAGUAUAGUGCUUACCUAACAGCAAGUACAAGAUUUGGAGAUGGCAAUAUAAAAAGUGAUACUAUAACAUUCAGAACUUCUGAAGGAGCACCAAGUGAUCCACCGAAAGAUGUUGCAUACAGAAACCUUACUUCCACAUCAAUAAUGCUAUUCUGGUCUCCUCCCCAAAAGCCUAAUGGAAAUAUACUGUACUACUCAGUUUAUUUCAAAAAUAAUUCAGGAAUAUUCAUACAGAAUUUCACAGCUUAUGGUAAUGACAGCAACAUCAGUAUGCCCCCGUUUGUAGUUCUGGAUGACUUGGCAAAAUACAGCCAUUAUAUUUUAUGGUUAACUGCAAGUACAGCUUUUGGAGAUGGAAACAAAACCAGUGAAAAAAUAGAUGUGUAUACAGAUCAGGAUAUCCCAGAAGGUUUUGUUGAAAAUCUGGUCUAUCAAAACAUUUCCUCAUCUUCUGUGAAUGUAAGCUGGCUUCCACCAUCCCAGCCAAAUGGCUUAGUCUUCUUUCAUGUUUCUCUAAGUUUAAUGCAACUGGGAACCAGCAAGGUUUUGUCUUUCCUUACUUACAACACAAGCAUAAUGUUUGACAAUCUGGAGAAAUAUACCGAUUACAUUCUGAAAAUCACACCAGCCACUGAUAAAGGAUCUUCUGAACAGCAUGCUCUAAGUCUGCAUAUAAGAACUGAUGAAGAUGUCCCAGAAUCAGCACCUAUAAUCAAAACAUUUUCAAAUCUCUCAACUACCUCAGUUAUGUUUUCAUGGGACCCCCCUGUUAAGCCAAAUGGUAUCAUAAUAAGUUAUGAUUUAAAUUUAUUUGGACCAGAAAGGAAUAACUCAUUCUCUACCAUCAAUAAUUUUAUCAUCUUGGAAGACCUUCUGCCAUUCACAUUGUAUAGCAUUUAUGCAGCUGCAAGAACAAUAAAAGGACCUGGUCCAUCUGCUGUGCUUCAGUUUUACACAGAUGAGUCAGUGCCAUUAGCUCCACCCCAGAAUUUGACCAUUAUCAACUAUACUGCAGAUUCCGUGUGGCUAAAAUGGGAUCCAAGUCCCCAGUCAAAUGGUGUUAUUAUGAGAUAUAAUUUUAAGAUUUAUCAAAACAACACAGAAAAACUAAUUUAUCAGAACAUUUCAGGUUCAAACCACGAGGCAAACCUUGUUGGAUUAGAACCAUUCAGCCCCUAUUCUAUCAGUGUCUCUGCAUUUACCAAGCUUGGGAAUGGCAAUCAGUUCAGUAAUGCUGUCCAGUUCACAACGAUGGAAUCAGUACCAGAUGCUGUCCAGAAUGUUCGUUGUAUUGCAAUGAGCUGGCAAUCAAUCCUGGUGCAGUGGGACCCUCCUGCUUCAUCCAAUGGUGUAAUUACGCAUUACAUCAUAACAGUUGAAGGAAAUUCUACAAAUUUUUCAUCUUAUGAUACACUGCAUACUUUUAGAAAUCUGCUUUCCAAUAUUACUUAUCAAAUUAAAAUAAAAGCUGCAACGUCUGCUGGUGAUGGUGAAGAACAGAUAUGCAAUACCAGUACCCUUCCAGAAAAAGUUCCUAGUGCUCCCAGGGAUAUUGUUUUUUCCAAUGUGCAAUCAACAAGUGUGACUUUGAAUUGGAGAACACCAAAAUCUAUCCUUGGCUACUUUCAAAACUACAAGAUUACCACACAGCUACAGUCCAUCCAUUGCAGUGACUGGGAAACUAAGGAAUGUGUUGAAUAUGAGAUGCAUCAAUAUUUAUAUGAAAAUGUGAUGGACGACUGGAUAGAAGACACAGUGUAUGGACUGAAAAAAUACAGAUGGUACAGAUUUGCAGUUGCUGCCAGUACGAGUGUUGGUUAUGGCAGUUCUUCACCUUGGAUUUCAACACAAACACUUCCUGGCUCUCCAGAUGGUCCUCCAGAAAAUGUGACUGUUUUAGCUACAUCUCCUCACAGUAUUAAUAUCAGCUGGAGUGAACCUGCCAUCAUCACAGGACCAACAUGCUACCUCAUAGACGUUACCUCAGUAGAUAAUGGCAACUAUAAAGCUCAGUUUUUGAAGACAAAGGAUGAGGUUAAAGUCUUAGAAAUUUCUGAUUUAAAAGCAUUUACAAGGUAUUCUGUAGUAAUCAUUGCCUUUACGGGGGAUGUUAAUGCUGCUCUCCUAGAAGGCAAGGCUAGUUCUCCAGUGAUUGUCUCCACUUUUGAAGCAGUGCCUGAAGACCCACCUAACAACAUAACUUUUCAGAAGAUACCAGAUGAAGUAACAAAGUUCCAAGUAACAUUUGUGCCACCAUCUGAACCAAAUGGAAAUAUUCAAGUGUAUCAAGCUAUGGUUUACAAUGAAGAUGAUCCCGAUGCCAUCCAGAUCCACAACCUUAGUGUAAUUGAAAAAAAAGAUCAGUCAGUCACUGCCAUGAUAGAAGGACUAAAAGGAGGACAUACCUAUAACGUCAGCGUAUAUGCAAUUAAUGGUGCUGGCGCGGGGCCGAAAAUUCAAUUGAAAAUAACCAUGGAUAUCAAAGAACCACCAAGACCUAAAAAGAAACCAGCACCAGUUUAUGAUACCAAUGGGGCAUUACUCGUCACAGCUACAACAAUUGCAAUCAAAAUGCCAAUAUGUUAUUACAGUGAUGAUCAUGGCCCUAUCAAGAAGAUACAAAUUCUUGUUGUGGAAGCUGGAGCUCAGCAUGAUGGGAAUGUUACUAAGUGGUACGAUGCCUACUUCAACAGACCAAGGCCAUAUUUUACAAAUGAAGGCUUUCCAAACCCACCAUGUGUAGAAGGAAAAGAAGUUCUGAGUGGGAAAGAAGAGAUAUAUGUCAUAGGUGCUGAUACUACAUGUAUGAUACCAGGCAGUCAAGAUAAAAUAUGUAAUGGUCCACUGAAACCAAGAAAGCAGUACCUAUUUAAGUUCAGAGCAACUAACAUUAAAGGACAGUUUACAGAUUCUGACUAUUCUGACCCUAUCAAAACGUUAGGUGAAGGACUAACUGGAAGAUCUGUAGAAGUUAUCCUUGCUGUUACUCUGUGUGUACUUUCGGUUGUUCUUUUGGUGGCUGCAGUGUAUGCUUUUGCAAGAAUUCGGCAGAAGCAAAAAGAGGGAGGCACAUACUCCCCACGAGAUGCUGAAAUUAUUGACACUAAAUUCAAACUGGAUCAGCUGAUCACAGUGGCAGACCUGGAGCUGAAGGAUGAGAGAUUUACGCGGCCAAUAAGCAAGAAAUCCUUCCUACAGCAUGUUGAAGAGCUUUGUACAAACAACAACCUAAAGUUUCAGGAAGAAUUUUCGUUGAGGAUCAAACAUGAACAUUUUGACUUUAUUUCCAUGAUAGAUAAUAACAACAGAGUAAAACUGAUGCCUGACGCUGGUAUUCCUGGAUCUGACUACAUUAAUGCCAGCUACGUGUCUGGUUAUUUAUGCCCAAAUGAGUUUAUUGCAACUCAGGGACCGUUACCAGGAACGGUGGGCGAUUUCUGGAGAAUGGUGUGGGAGACAAGAGCUAAAACACUUGUGAUGCUUACACAAUGUUUUGAAAAAGGACGUAUAAGAUGUCAUCAAUACUGGCCAGAAGAUAAUAAACCAGUGACUGUGUUUGGGGAUAUAGUGAUUACUAAAUUGAUGGAAGAUAUUCAAAUAGACUGGACCAUCAGAGAUCUAAAAAUUGAAAGGCAUGGAGACUGCAUGACGGUGCGGCAGUGUAACUUUACUUCUUGGCCAGAACACGGAGUCCCUGAAACAACUGCACCAAUUAUCCAUUUUGUAAAACUUAUCCGUGCAAGUCGAGCACAUGAUAACACACCAAUGGUGGUUCACUGCAGUGCUGGCGUUGGAAGAACAGGUGUUUAUAUUGCACUUGACCAUUUAACCCAACACGUAAAUGACCAUGAUUUUGUGGAUAUCUAUGGACUUGUAGCUGAGCUAAGAAGUGAAAGAAUGUGUAUGGUACAGAAUCUGGCACAAUAUAUAUUUUUGCAUCAAUGUGUAUUGGAUCUGUUGACAAGCAAGGGAAGUAGUCAGCCCAUAUGUUUUGUAAAUUAUUCAGCACUGCAAAAGAUGGACUCUCUGGAUGCCAUGGAAGGUGAUGUGGAGCUUGAAUGGGAAGAAACUACCAUGUAAAUACUAAGAGUAAACAUGAAAGAAAAUGAGAUUUUGAAAGUUAGUCAUAUUUUUCUAAGCACAGGGGCCAAAGUGAAUUCCCCUAUUUUGAUGAUUAAAGCAAACACAGAUGAUCAAAGCAUCUUCUCUUCUAUCAAUGUGCCUUCAUAAGUUGAAGUAUUUUAUUCAGAACACUGAGCAAUAAUGAUUAGGAGUACUUUUGCACAGACUGCACUUCUGGUGUUAUAUGAAUAGUGCACCCAGUAUGUAUAAAGUGUGUUUGAACAUAUUCCUUUUUUUCUGAUUAUCUUUGUAAAAGAAAAACGAGCCAAAUAAGAUGUAAAAAUAUCAUAUUCCCGGUGAACUUUUUUUGGUGUGAAUUUGAUGUGUUCUGCAUGUUUUGGUUUUAAGUAAAAGCUACAGUUUCUUGAAUCAUUCUUGCUAGAUUGGCUUCAGUGUUGUCAGCUCUUGCAGAUUAAUUCCAAUACCAUCAUAAUGAUCUUUACAUAACUGUAUGCUCUGGUGUUUUGAAUAUUUUUUUUACAAGUGGUAGCAUAUCAGCUCAUGAUCCUGAACAGCUGAAGAGUCACCUUCUGACAUGGAAAGGAUUAUUCAACUCUUACACAGCACACAGUAGCUCUUCAGGGACACUUGGGGCUAUUUAAGCUAUUUAAUAAUCAGCAGGUUGUUUUUUUAAAUAUAUAAUGGUGAUUGCAUAUGUUCAAUGCAGAAGAAAGUAUUUAACAUUCCUGCUACUUUUUCAAACAGAUAAAACAAAGUAAAACUAUAAAUCUAUUAUCUAUUACAAAGAAUUUUAGAUUGACUUAUGUAAAAGAAUGUCUAGAAUUCAUUCAAAUUUCUUGAAUAUAAUACUAUUCAGUAUUUCAAAAGAUUGCUCAAAAUGUAAUGUCAAGAUAUUUUAUGACAGUGUUGUCAAGUAAAAAUGUUCUUGCUUCUUCCUCAGGCUUGGCAUCACUGUAGACACUGAAAAUUAUGGGAGCUAAUAUUUGGAGAUUUAAUAAAAGGAAACAUCUUCCACU